GCGCAGAGCGCCGUGUUGGCUGCCGGGAAAAGAUGGCGGCGGUGCUUGCGGCUGCGCUGUGAGAGCUGGCGGAGGCUGCGGGAGAGCGGGGCUCUGGGUUCAUGUCCUUGAGCCCAGGCCCUGAGGUGAGCCUGAGAACUGGCCUGGAGGUGAGCCCAGAGCUGGCCCUGAGGUGACCUUGAGAAUAACUGCAAGGCAGAGGUGCUGCUGAGGAAGGACAGCCCCGUGGUGGGGAAGAGGCCAAGCUGUGAGUGCCCAGCCCCAAGAAGGUGCUGUCUCCAUCCCCUGUGUGCCAGCAGGAUUUCUCCUUCCCAAACCUUGGGUGGAUGGAGGAGGAGGCUGCGAGGAAGAGGAAGAUGCCCCAGGACCCCCAGGCAGGUGAGGAGGAAGUCAGUGCCCCUUUGCCCUGUCUUGUCCUGUAUCUCCCAGCUGAGCAUCGCCCCCGGCUGCAGGACAACCCCGCUGCCGCCGCCGUCCUGCCGGGGCCGGAGUUGGGGGGAUGUCCUUGGCCUUCCCUCUGGGCCGGAAGCAAAUCCCCUCCCUGUCCUUCUUCCUUCCUGCCCCAGGCCCCGAGCUGAGGACGGAGAGCCCGGAGGACAAAUCCCCCCGGCAGAGCCUGGUGGGAGAGGCCGUUUUGAAGGACUCCACGGCGCAGGAAGGCAGCGGGGAGGGAAAGCCACGAAGGUACCCCAGGAGGAGGGUCUCCAAAGCCAGCCCAGAGUGCUCUGAGGAGGAAAGAGCCAGCCUGUGCCGGGAAGGCGGCCAGAGCUUGAGCCGGAGUUCCAAACUGGUGGUCCCUGAGCAGCCUCCCAGCAGGGAGAAGGCCUUCAAGUGCUUAGAAUGUGGGAAGAGCUUCAGCAAGAGAGACCACCUGAUACGACACCAGCACACCCACACUGGGGAAUGGCGCUACAAGUGUGUGGAAUGUGGGAAGAGCUUCAGGGACAGCACCGACCUGAUCCGACACCAGCACAUCCACACUGGGGAGCGACCCUACAUGUGUAGGGAAUGUGGGAAGAGCUUCAGGAUCAACUCCCACCUCCAUGCCCACCAGCGCAUCCACACCGGGGAACGGCCCUACAAGUGCUUGGAAUGUGGGAAGAGGUUUCAGACCAGCUCAGAUGUCCUCAGGCAUGAGCGGACACACACGGAGGAAAGGCCAUUCCACUGCACCAACUGCGGGAAGAGCUUCAACCGCAACUCCACCCUCAUCAGGCACCGACGCAUCCACAGCGGGGAGAGGCCCUACAAGUGUGACGAGUGUGGGAAGAGCUUCACCAGGAGCUCUACCUUGACCUCACACCAACAGACCCAUCAGUAAGGGAAGCCCUGCGAGUGCCCCGACUGCAGGAAGAGUGUCAGCUGCUGUUUCCACCCAGAAUGAACCCCCUGAUGGUGAGGCAGCCCCUGGAGUCCAGUGACUGUCAGUCCAUCCCUUUCUACCACAAAGGGCCAGUCCCUUUCACAGGGGCAGCUUCUUCCAACAGAACCCUUCCUGGGGAUGUGUGUGGAGAUUCCUGCCUUGGCUGGGGACCCCCCCAAGGUCACUCCUGGAGCUUGAGAGCAGAGAUCUCCCCACAAGCGUUGGUCUAGGGGAGUUCCAUACAUCUCUAAUUAAUAAUUAUUACUUUUGUAUCAGCUUUAGUAGAAUUGCUUCAACUGUUGCUUUAGUGUAGAGCGCUGUCUUAUCUCAUCCUGUACUACUGGUUGUUUUAGUGUCUCUGUUGUGCAGUAAAUAAUUCUGAUGAAGAUCUUUUGUCUGAUCAUUUGUAACCCUAAAUAAUUCAUUUCUAUCAAUAGAUCUGAUUUGCCAUCAUUAAAACCUGGGGGACAAAAGU